AUGAAUCACUUGAAUCCUACAGCGUAACUACAUAAUAAGUAUAUUAAUGUUAUUCACGCUCAGAUAACCUAGACGAGGCACUUAUAACACUCCAGAUUUCAUCCUCGCUCUUGCUUGAUAUUGAAACUUGGCGUCUAUACCGUACAUAAGGCAGACACUGUCAAUAAAAAUCGUCAAAUUGACAUACCUCUUUAUCAAAAACGGACUUCGCAAGAUCGGCGGUCGUUUAGUGAAAGUACCAGACGCACACGCCGCUCGCGCAGACGAAGACGCGUGAGCAAUUCCAAUUCGUAUUGCGAUUAUCUCAAAUAAAUAAACAAUUUACAUUGUGCGUACCCAACGUGGCCAGACGCGUAUCAGAUAAUCAGAUAGUGUGCUGUGGAUCGUCGCUUGCGCACGGUCUGCCUAAGUGUCUAAUAUGAUCGUAAUUGGAAUCAUCUUCUUGGCAACGAGUUUGGCGUCAGCUGAACUCUUCUUAGCCCCUGAGCAAGAUCUUAACAAUACAUUACCAGCAGAACAGUAUUUCAUUGAGAAAAUCUUCGAUAAAUAUGGAUCGGAAGGUGUUAUUAACUUUGAGGGUUUCGAACAUCUACUAGACAGCCUGGGUUUGGGAGGCCGUGUGUUCAAUUCUCCACAUGAUAUCGCCAUUCAUAGAAUCAACGGGACCUUCAAGCAGCUUCAUGAUACACAGCAUCGACACAAACGGUCACUAACGACUUCAACAUCUAUGCUCAAGAAAUCAUGUUUAUCACCAAGAGAAAUACUCACCGUAUAUGGAAUGGAGAAAGAGCCAGGCAUUAUAACUAUUAAUCCAAAAACAUUUUUGGAAAUGUGUCCAGCCCUGGUGUAUCAGUUAGACCAACGUUCCUGUUACAAGACAGAUGCCCCUGUUCCGAAAUUGGAUAGAAUUUGGACGUGGAUAUACGCAACAUUAGCCAUUUUAGUCAUCAGCGCUACUGGACUAUUGGGAGUUGGAAUAGUACCGAUGAUAAAGUCUGCCAUUUUCAGUCACGUGCUUCAUUUCCUGAUCGCUAUCGCUGUUGGCACUUUAUGUGGUGACGCUCUACUUCAUCUUCUACCUCAUGCAUUGAAAAGCCACGGCUCUUCAAGUGAACCACAGGAAGAAACCGAAGUGAUUCUAAAAUGCAGUGUCACCUUUCUUACCAUUUUACUGUUCUAUAGUGUCGAAGCUAUCAUGCAGGCAAUGAACGGUGGACAUUCGCAUUCACAUGACCAUGAAAGCAAAACUGUCAAAGAAGAGAAAAUCGAAUCAGCAAAACAAAUAGAGUCUAUCGAACUCGGAGCCAUAAUGCCUGGCUCACCGGAUCCGCCGGUGGAACGUCCUAUGACGUCAACUGCACUUAUGGUGAUAGUGGGUGAUGGUUUGCAUAACCUCACUGAUGGCCUGGCCAUAGGAGCAGCGUUUAGUGGAGAUCCAGUGACUGGCUUCGCAACAGCACUUGCGGUUUUCUGCCAUGAACUUCCUCAUGAACUCGGUGACUUCGCAGUGUUACUUCGAUCUGGUAUGAGUAUAAGACGGGCAAUGUAUUACAACCUUCUAUCCUCAGUACUUAGUUUCUUUGGAAUGGCUAUUGGAAUCUGGCUUGCGGAGGACCACGAGUCCGCUUCUGAAUGGAUCUACGCUGCAACAGCUGGUACUUUCUUCUACAUAGCAUUAGCUGAUUUAGUUCCAGAAAUAAAUGAAAACAAUAAAGGAAGAAGCUUACACGUGGUUGUUGCUGUUUUAGGAAUUUUAACUGGCGGUAUUAUUAUGCUACUAAUCGCGUUACACGAAGACUCAAUACAAUACUUAUUUAGAAGUUCCGAACAAUGAACAGAAUAUAGGUCUACGGAUCAAUACAAUAUUGUGAUAGUAUUUAUGAAUUAAUGGUUGUUUAGAGAGACUUAUAUUAUGUUGUGAACUUGGUUAUAACAAGUCAAGGUACAAUUCAAAUGACGAAACAUUCCAAUAAUUUUUUAUUAUAAAUUUGUUAGGUUUUUUAAUUAUUAAGUUAAUAAAUGUAAUAUUUUUAUGAGUGUUCUUGAAUGUAGGUACCUAUGUUUUAAUUUUUAUUGAAAUGCUGAAUAUUUUGUGCUCAAAUGAAAUACCAAGCAUAAUAAUAAACCGAAUAAUAAGUAUUAUUUUAGUUUUAUAUAGAAAAAAUCUUAGUUCUUAAAUUAUUGUUAUAAUAAAUUUACAUGCGUGAAUAUAAACCAGGAGCCAAUUAAUAUGAUAAUAAGUUAUAACAUACCAACUCUUUCAAACGUUUACUUUUAUUUAAUAUAUUAAAUAAUAUCAUUUUAAGUACCACAUGCCUAGGACAUGAAAGUUUUCGUUUAGAAGAUUCUAGAAAUCAUGAAAUGUAUAAAAUAUUUAUAUUACGAUAUUUUUACAUGUGUAUUUUUCUCCAAAAAUUUUUGUAUUAGGCGAAUAUUAAACAGGUAAAGUGAA